CAUAUAAGAGCUAGCACAUGCGCCGGCGUCGCAGUAGUGCUCGGUGACCCAGUGCAGUGAUCAUGAAGGCUAUGUUAAUACUGAUGCUCGUGGCAGCGAGCCAUGCUACAAAAGUGACGAGCACAAGAAGUAAGCAGAAGACAGAGUUUGAGAGAACAGACAAGAGAGAGUUACAAGGAAACAAUGGGAUUGAGAAGAGAACACCUCUCUUGCCUACAGUAACACCUUCGAUUGCAGCAGGCGUUGAAUAUGCUGACGACAAACAACAGACACUGCAAGAGAAGUCACCUUCACAGCAAAUCUACGCAACACCAGUACCGCAAAUCGCCAAGAUAUCCGAUGUAUUAGCCCAAGGGCCUCCGUUCCAGAACGCCAUCGCUAACCAACUGUACUCGCCUGUGUCCGUCUAUCAACCCAGGUUUCCAACUUACGAAGUUUCGCAACCCGUUCCAUCUCAACUGGCAUACGCUGAACACUCUAUACAACCGAACUCGAUCCAACAAUCGAUACCCAAGCAAAACUUUGACGCCAAUUAUCAACCUCAAGUUUAUCAAUUACAAGGGAAUUUACCUCAGUCAAUAGCGAGCCAGCAACAACAGAUAGCGUACAAUCAAGCCCAAGCAGUGUACCAAGAUAACCAAUUGGGAUAUGUGCAGGAGCAGCCGAUCAGCCAAUCACCGAUCUACGUGAAGGAACCGGAGAAAGUUAAUUAUCAAGCCGUGCAACAGAUAAAGAACCCUCUUCAGAUUGUAGCUCAAAAUCCACAGACGUAUUCUACACAGCAUCAGGGAGCCACAAGCUACGCUUCCUAUUCUAAAAACCAAAUAGAAGAACAAUCAGGCAAAGCAGGAAGCCAACCUGUCCAGUACCAAUCACAACCAUUACAGCUGAUAAAAUACACGCUUCAACACCAAGCAUACAACAAUCAGCCAAUUCAAGCGCAACCGCAAUAUCGCCAAGCUCAACCUGCUCAGUAUCAACAGGCACAACAAAUACAACAGUACCAACAACCUCAAAUACAACAGUAUCAACAACCUCAGCCAAUUCAACAGUACCAACAAGCCCAACCUCUGCAACAGUACCAAGAAGCACAACCGCUUCAACAAUACGAAGUAGCGCAACCACAGUAUCAACAACAACAGAUUCAAUACCAGCCACAGCAAUAUCAAGCUCAGCCACAGUAUCAGAUUCCACAGUACGAGCGACCUCAAUAUCAACAGUAUCUCUCCGAGUCCAAAGUUCAGGAAGUAGCUCAAAUUCAACAAUUACAACAACCUUUGAAACAGAAGAACGCAAAGCAGGUUUACUUCAAGCAGCUUGCGCAAGCUCAAGCAGCUCAGCCUGCAGCUCAAGCUCAAGCUGCAGCACAGAAUGAUUAUCCCGGUCAAGGUGCCUUACCAACAUUCCCACCUGUACAAUACUUCGGCAAAUUCGCCCAUUCCAUCUUUGGACAGUACCAACAUUAAGAAUUGAUUUGUUAUUUAUUUAAUUUAGUCGUUACGUAUAAUUCAAAGAUUUGUUUCGUAAAUUAUUUGUUAUUUACUCUAACUGUGCGUUGUUUGAACUAAAAACUUUAAAUUAUAUUUUCUAUUACUAAAAUGAAACCCAAAUAGUAGGUUUAAUUAUAACAACAUGAUUUAGUAUUAGAAUUCAACAACUAAUGCUUACUUUAAAUUUAAUGAUAUUGUUUAUUGCUAUACAUUAUACAUAGAAAGAACAAAUGCAAACAAAUUUCUUCUGCAAGAUGAUCACAGGUAUCUUUCCAAGAAAAUAUUGUAUGUAAUAAUAACUAUGUAGUUACGUAUAUAUCUGUCAACUGUGUAAUAACCACAAUGUGUACAAUGAAAUUAUAACAAAUCUGUUUACUUCGCACUGUUUCGUGUAAAUAUUAGUUAAAUACAGUAUUUUAAUUUAAGAAGA